AUGGCUACCGCCUCUCACCCUCCCUCCGCCACGAUUCAAAUCGAACAACCGUCAAAACUGCCAGAUUUUCAGGCGAGUGUCAAACUGAAGUACGUUAAAUUAGGCUACCAUUACUUGAUUACCAAUCUUUUCACUCUUUUCUCCUCCAUCUCAUUGUUGUCACGCGUCCACGCCACCCAACUGAAUUUGAAGAUGUCAAGAACCUCUACGCUCACCUGCAAUUACCACUUCUUCGCCGUCUUUGCCGUGACUUGUACGGCCGUGUUCGGGUUCACACCUACCGUACGACCCGACCCACACGUUUUCUCGUUGACUAUUCGUGCUACCGAAGCCGGGACCACUGAAAGUCUUCUCAUACCACGUGUUUAUGGACCAUUCGAAACUUCACGGCGCCUUCAAAGAGCCGUCGCUUGA